CGCAUGCGCACUGAAGAACGCGGAAGUGGAGUCCACAACAGAGCCUUGUUACAUUAACUGUCUAUGGUUCCAUCUAUGGCCGAGCAGCUCUGACUGUUUCCACAUAAGAAAUAAAAAAGAUGCAGCUUCACUUCACUAAAGACGUGUUGCCGGAUUCUGUUAGCACCGACUUCCAGAACCUCAACAAGCUCAACGAGCAGCAAUUUCUGCGUCUGAUUGAAAUUCUGUUCCUGUUCCUCCUGGAGCCUAAAGAGACAGAGAGGUUCAUGCAGCAGCUUGGUGAGUUUGCUGGGGAACAUGGGAUGAGUGCCGGUCCUCUGAGGAGCCUGAUGAAGAGCGUCCUGCUGGUGCCACAGGGCGCCUUGAAGAAAAACCUAACAGCCGAGCAGAUCCAAGAAGACCUUGUGACAUUAGGACUAAACGAAGACAAGGCGGCUCACUUUUCACAGCAGUGGGGGGAGCACUAUGCAGCGCUGUCCAGACUCGCUGUGGGACAGACUUUGAUGGUCAACCAGCUGGUUGACAUGGAGUGGAAGUUUGGAGUGACUGUCGGCACCAGUGAAAUACAGAAAGUGGGCAACAUCUUUCUGCAGUUGAAGCUGGUGGUCAGAAAGGGGAAUUCCACUGAAAACGUCUACAUGGAGUUGACGCUCCCACAGUUUUACAACUUCCUACAUGAGAUGGAGAGAGCCAAGGCCAGCAUGGAGUGUUUCAGCUGAGUGUGUGUGUGUGUGUGUGUGUUUGUGUGUUUGUGUGUGUGUGUGUGUGUGUGUGCGUGAGAGAGAGAAUGUAAGAGUGGAUGUGUGCUCAUGUCAGGCUGUAGCUGCAGGGGUGUGUGUGUGUGGUAUGUAUUACACCAGGUUGUGUGUCUGUGUGUGGCACCGACGCCCCAGAGUGACUGAAGUGAAACACAAAAACACGUUAUGUACUGCCAGACAUUUCUACUCAAAUAAACAUGAAUGCAAAAUAAAAGCUUUCAACUUUCUCAAAGGGA